AUGUCACUUCUACGACCCUCAAUUGCAGGUAGGCUGCUCAGAGCAGGCACGCCAUGUGUUCGAAGAUCGGUUCCUGGUGCCGUACGAUUCGAAAGCCAGACGGCAUUGGGGACGCCCCUCACAUCCAGCACUCCACUAGCUACACAAAAGACAAUAGAAGUUGAGAGGAUCGAAGUCAAGCAUAACCAACCAGAAUACACGGCCGAGGUUGAUCACGCGUCCUCGCAAUUCUCUCCAGUCCCCAAACGAGUCAUGAACGGCAGUGAGGCUGGUGAAGUUCUUUCAGCUGCUGUUCUAUCUGGAGCACCAAUCGAGCUUGAGGCAAGAACAGUCCGCAUCUAUCGGCCAACUAAACCCGCUACACAGUCUGGAGACUGGCACGGCCACCACUGGCGCAUGGACUGGGAUAUACUCUCUAAGGGACAUCGAUGGGAGAACCCAUUGAUGGGCUGGCAAUCUUCGGCGGACUUUAUGCAAGGCACACACUUGACCUUCAAGUCGAGGGAGGAUGCGAUCAGGUUUGCAGAGAAGCAGGGCUACGAGUAUUUUGUUCAAGAGCCGAAUGUCCGCAAAACAGCCCCAAAGGCCUAUGCGAACAACUUCUUGUGGUCUGAUAAGAAGCUGAAGCAUAUUCGAACGAAGUAG